CCCACGAGCUGCAAGCAGUGGCGGGCAGCACGCGGCACUGGGCAGCACGCGGCACGAGGCAGCGACCACCAAGACCGGGUGGGCUGGGCGCCCAGGCCACGCCUCCCGGGCCACGUCACCAUGGCAGAGACUGAGAUCUCUGUCCCUUCGGGGCAGUUUACCAAAAUCAAAGCACCGGAGCUGGUCCCAGAAGUCCUACUAGAGGAGGAGGAAGACGGAGUGUGCAGAGGGAGGGAGCCCCCGGGGCCCGGAGACGGGCAGGCCCUGUGCCCCUCCAGGCCCCUCCAGGCCAAGGGGCUGGAGCGCGAGCAGGAGCCGCUGCUCACCACGGAGGAGAGCGGGAAGCACAUUCUGACGCUGCAGACGGUGCACUUCUCCGAAGACGUCAGCUGGCUCAGCCCGCAGCCCCAGGACGGCGUGCAGGGGACCGUCCAGCCGGCGGGCAGCGGGCCGCAGCCCCUGCUCUGGCUGGGCGAGGGGGCCCCGCCAUGCAUCACCAUCAACCUCCAGGAGGAAGUGUACUCGCUGCAGGAGAUGCAGGUAAUGGAGCUGCACGUUCUGGAAGGCGGCCUGGCCGGGGCCAGCGAAGAGAGCAAGUUUGUGGUGAGCCUGGCAGAAAGCCCUGGAUUGUUGAAGCUUGAGAAAGGCCAGGACGAGGACCAGCUGCGGGCUGAAGGCAGGUUCGAGCCCCAGGCAGGAGAACAGCUGUUCCUGGUGGAGGCGACGCCGGGAGAUGGAGGAGGAGACGAAAUCGUGCUGACCAUUUCAAACCUGCACGUGGAAGCACCGGAAGAUACGCCCGCAUCCGGUCAAGGACACGCUGACAAAGCCGACUCGCCAAAAAAACCAAAAAAGGCGAAGGAAGUAAAGCGAACCUUCCACUGUGAUAGCUGCAUGUUCACCUCUUCUAGAAUUUCGAGUUUUAAUCGUCACAUGAAAACCCACAGCACUGAAAAGCCGCAUAUGUGUCACCUUUGCCUGAAAGCUUUCCGCACCGUCACUCUUCUGCGGAAUCAUGUCAAUACCCACACAGGAACCAGGCCCUACAAGUGCGGUGACUGCGACAUGGCAUUCGUCACCAGCGGAGAACUGGUCCGACACAGACGCUACAAACACACUCACGAGAAGCCCUUCAAAUGUUCCCUGUGCAAGUAUGCCAGCGUGGAAGCCAGCAAGCUGAAGCGUCACAUCCGCUCGCACACGGGGGAGCGUCCCUUCCAGUGCCUUCUGUGCAGCUACGCCAGCAAGGACACCUACAAGCUGAAGAGGCACAUGAGGACACACUCAGGCGAGAAGCCGUACGAAUGCCACGUGUGCCACGCUCGCUUCACCCAGAGUGGCACCUUGAAAAUACACAUCGUACAGAAGCACAGCGAGAAUGUCCCCAAGUACCAGUGUCCGCACUGCGCCACCGUCAUCGCGAGGAAGAGUGACCUGCGUGUCCACCUGCGCAACCUGCACACGUACAAGGCCACGGAGAUGAAGUGUCGCUGCUGCUCUGCGGCCUUCCAUGAACGCUACGCCCUCAUUCAGCACCAGAAGACUCACAAGAACGAGAAGAGGUUCAAGUGUGAACACUGCAGUUACGCCUGCAAGCAGGAACGUCAUAUGACCGUUCACAUCCGCACCCACACGGGGGAGAAGCCAUUCACCUGCCUCUCGUGCAGUAAACGUUUCCGGCAGAAGCAGUUGCUAAACGCGCACUUCAAGAAACACCACGAUGCCAGUUUCAUCCCGGCCGUUUACGGAUGCCCCAAGUGUGGCAAAGGCUUCUCCCGCUGGAGUAACAUGCAGAGACACUCGGCGAAGUGUGGCGCGGGGCCAGGAAAGCCGGCUGCCUCGGGGAAAGUGAGAAGAAGCAAGAGAAAGCUGGCCGUCCGAAAAGAAGCAGUCCAGGAAGACGAAGUUGCCGCUAAGAAGGUGUCCCCUGUGAGGCUGGAGCAGUGCCCAGGAGAGGUGGUUCCUGUGCCCUACGGAGGCGUCGCGCCUGAAGGAGUGACCUGUGACGGCUGAGCCGCGGAGACUGAGAGUUCCUGUUUGCAGCGGUUACCUGCUCAACGAGUUAGAAGUUCGUAGAGUCUUCUUUGAAACAACUAAGUUCACGACACUGGAGGGUCUCGAUUUUUCCAAAGUUUGGGGUUAGUGCCAAGAAUUGUUUGCCUUUCUUUCUUUCUUUUUUUUUUUUUUUUGUCCUGGAUAGUUCAAAAAGCAAUACUGGUCUUUUAUAAGAGGCCCAUAUCUUGACUUGGAGGAUAAAACCUCAAACCUAUGAAUUCAUUCACUUGAUAUUGGCAGGGUGGCCUGCCAUGAGUGGGCAGUGGUCUGGGGGGGACCUGGUUAUUUCAGCUGUCAAUACAGACUGUUUAGUCCUCCAGCCAACAGCCAAAGCUAAGAUACCUUAUGUUAAAUUGCACACACCCUUUCUAUUUCUACUAUGAUUUUUUAAACCCUUUUAAAACUAAUUUUAUAUCAUUUUUGAAUACAGAUGAAUUUUCCAUAAAAAUUUAAAGUUACCGUAAUAUUCUUAAUUAGUUCUAAAUUCAGAAAAAAAAAAAGAUCUUAAUAUUGUGGGGGGAAAAAGCUGAGUAGGAGAUGAAAACGUUUCCAUUAGACUAGAUGGUGAUGCGUAAUUAUUUUACUUUGGUUUCUAUGAGCAAGGUUUACUUUUAGAGUUUAUAGUCUUCCUAAAUUAUGUUUUCUGGCAGGUAUGAAAUUUCCCUAGUGACAUUCCGAUGUCACCUACUAGGAUAGAGUUCAUCACCCUCUUCUUUUACUAAAACUACUUUGUUGAUGCUUUUUUAUGUAAGUGGCAGAGUGAAAAGAAACACAAUGAAAUGUUACUGAUAAUGAAAUGUUUACUCGUGAAGAAAUUGUACUUAGCUUGUCAUGCCCUAUAAUUGGUAUUUCUCCUUUGCCAGUUGGAGAGACUUUUCUCAGCUCUGAGCAGCAUGCAAAAUGCCUCGAGUACUUAAAAUUAACUAGCGCGCAUCUUUAUAAUGAUAUAUUUUUUCCAUCCUUUUCUUCUUAGCAAAGCAGUUGUUUGUUCUGAACGUCUCUCCCCCUAGUUUAAAAUCAUCCAUAGGUCCCCAAUUCUGGUUUUUUGCCUUUACUGAGAUGUUAUUGGCAAAUAAAGUUGUGAGACAGUAAACACGUGCGUCAGGAUGAUUUGCUACACAGGUGCAUUGUGUAAGGACACCUCCCCCAUCCGGUUAACUAAACUCAAAUUCUUAAAAUGCUGAUCUGCUGAUCUUCAAAGUCCAGCAGCCCCGUGUAAAGCGAACACGUAGAGGCCCUGCCGGCUGGAAGGGCAUUGUAUUCUUUUCAUCAGAGCCAAUUAACUGAGUUCACAUAAUGAGGCUUAAAUUCUAUAGUUUAUUGUAUGCUAUUGUGACUGUUGGACUUUUUGUAACACCGUCUUUGUUGU